UUUUCACUGAUUAUCAGCACAGUGAAAGGCUGACAGCUGCAUGAGAUCGGCAGUUGUACCAGUCUAAAUAUGGGUUCGUUUGGACAUCAAGGAUGCCUCUUUUUUUUAGGUCUUCUAGUGACCCUGACAUCUGCCGCAAAUACAUGCCUCUACUCCUCUUUAAAUGAAACAGCACUCUGUGAAAACGCAACCAGCAUAAGUAACAUCACAAAUCUGUGUAGCUACACAUUCAAAGACUUUGCCUGCAGUACACCCUCAACACUCAAUGACUUUCCCAGUGACCUUCUUGUGACGUUGACAAGCUGCAAUCUAAGCGUGUCUGCUCUCAGCCCUACAUACUCUUCCUUGUUCUUCUCAAAACUCAACGUUACUCAAUCUGACGCAGUGUUCUCUAAUCUUAAUAAGAAUUUUACAAUUCUACCUCCAGGCUGGGCACAAUUUUUGUUUGAGGGGAUCUGGGUGCGGAUUACACAAAACUGGAACAUCUCAUCAUGGAUUCCAAAGGAUAUUCAACCAUUUCUGGUUUUUCUGACCUCAGAUAUGGUGCAGUGUUUGCAGUCUAAGAAUGCAACAUGCCCAAGUUUUCAGGAAUUGUUGCAAGGACUUAAUGUACAAUUUCCAAAAAUGUCAGAGCUUAAGGGGAAAGAGUUAUACUCAUCUAUCAAAACAUUCCUUAAUAACCAGAAAAAUACAACAGGCUCUGCAUGUUCAUUGAAUGUUAACAGCAGCACUUGGAUAGAACAAAAUAUUGGGAAAUUUUCACAAUUUGCUGAAUACGAGGAUUUUGUGGCUCUCAAACCUAACUUUUCAGCUUUGGACGUGUUCAGCAUCCUCACGCUGCCACAAGUGGUAAGCUUCAGCCUGGCAGAAAAUGUUGGCAAUAACAAAUCAGUCGCUGAUUUAAUUGUGGGCAGACUGCAGAAUUCAAGUGAUGUCUACGUAUUCCUGGAUAAUCUGAAUAGCGCACUUGUUUUGAAAAAUGUGACCUCUGUGCCUCAGGCUCUGUCUCAAGCCCUUGUAAAUAGAACUUUCCAGGUUCUUGGACCCAAUUUUUCCUCUUUCAGUACCAGUGAUUGGUCCCAGCUCUUUCAGAAAAACCUUGACAACAUUGUGGCUGAAAUCUCUACAGAACAGCUGGUCCUCAUCCCCAAGAACAUCACAUGUCCAUCCUACCAAGCCGUUUUUAAAGGCUUGAACGACAAAUUCUCAAAGCUGAAGCCUGACAUACAGAAUUAUGUUUAUGCAUCUCUCAUCAAGACGUAUCACUCCCAAAAUAAGUGUUCAGUAAUUGGCAGCAACAGCAGUGAUUGGCUACAACAAAACUUUGGUGACUUUUCUCAGUUUGCUGCUUAUGCUGACUUCACUGCCCUCAAUUCCAGUUUUAGCGGUCUGGAUGCCAUAUCUCUGCUCACUAUCUCUCAAGUGGUGGACUUGAGUUUGGUGGUAAAUUACACGGCCAAUACAGAUGGUGGACAGCGCAUUGCAACUAGACUGCAGAAUCCGAAUGAUGUCUAUACAUUUUUCUAUAACCUGAAUACUCUAAAAAAUGUGACCUCUGUGUCUCAGGCUCUGUCUCAAGCCCUUGUAAAUAGAACUUUCCAGGUUCUUGGACCCAAUUUUUCCUCUUUCAAUACCAGUGAUUGGUCCCAGCUCUUUCAGAAAAACCUUGACAACAUUGUGGCUGAAAUCUCUACAGAACAGCUGGUCCUCAUCCCCAAGAACAUCACAUGUCCAUCCUACCAAGCUGUUUUUAAAGGCUUGAAUGACAAAUUCUCAAAGCUGAAGCCUGACAUACAGAAUUAUGUUUAUGCAUCUCUCAUCAAGACGUAUCACUCCCAAAAUAAGUGUUCAGUAAUUGGCAGCAACAGCAGUGAUUGGCUACAACAAAACUUUGGUGACUUUUCUCAGUUUGCUGCUUAUGCUGACUUCACUGCCCUCAAUUCCAGUUUUAGCGGUCUGGAUGCCAUAUCUCUGCUCACUAUUUCUCAAGUGGUGGACUUGAGUUUGGUGGUAAAUUACACGGACAAUACAGAUGCUGGACAGCGCAUUGCAACUAGACUGCAGAAUCCGAAUGAUGUCUAUACAUUUUUCUAUAACCUGAAUACUCUAAAAAACCCGAGCUCCGUACCCACUCCUCUCUCUCAAGCACUGCUGAAAAAAAGCUUUAUAGUCCUCCAACCCAGUUUCAGUUCUUACACCCCAGAUGACUGGUCACAGUUCAUCCAGAAAAACCUCACUUUAGUCCUGCCUGAAAUCUCUACAGAGCAGCUUAAACUCAUCCCUCUGAAUAUUAACUGCUCGUCCUACCAAGCUAUAAUCCAGAGCUUUAAUUCCAAAGCAUCAACUCUGAAAACUGGAGUACCAGAUUAUAUAUAUAAAUCAAUCAUUAAAUCGUAUCUUGCUAAAAAAGACAGUGCACCUAAAUGCUAUAACUCAGGUGAUGCCAAUUCCAGUUCCUGGUUUGUGACAAACAUGGGUUCCUUUCUCAGCUUCACCAGUGAAGAAGACCUAAGGUCAUUUGCUAAUGAUUCCAUGCUUCAAAUGUUUGCCCAAGACCCGGCCACCAUCCAGCUCACCUCACAGCUCAAUCUCUCCAGAGACAUUGCAGUGUAUUAUACAUCUCUCCUGACAUCGGGUAGCAUCUCUCUGUCCAGCUUCCCUGAUUACUUUCUUUGCUACCUGAGUGGACAAGGAGUGAAACAAAUAAACAAUAAAGAUUCACUGGAGUGGAUUAAGAAAAUCAAUAAACAGUGCAACAAUAGCCAAACAGGAGCUAGCCCAAGGCCAGAAGAGAUUGAGGUUGCUGUGUCUUUGGUCAGCAAGCUGUCCAAUAUUGAUUCCAGUGUAAUUAAUACAUUGGGUCAAAGUGCUGUAGGACUUUCUACAUCUCAAAUUACAAAUAUUAAUGCAAGUGACAUAGCAAAUUCUUUACCCAAUCUAAGCAAAGUUAAAGGAUGGAACAGAGACCAAGCUAAAUCUAUUGUGACGAAACUGAACAUCACAUCCCAGGAAAAAAAUCUGGACUCCCUUGGGAGCUUAGUGAUUGGAUUGUCAAGUCAGACAGUUCAGAAUCUGGAACCAAAUAGUAUCUUAAAUGCUACACAAAAACCUGAGUUUGCACUUCAGCUCAAUAAUGCACCAUCUACUCUGCAGAACACAUUUGUCAAGAAGAUCUUAGCUGUGAAUUCCACUCCUUCUGCCGUAGUCAAAAAUGUGCCCAGCAGCCUGGCAAGUUAUGUUCCAAAAUCCUUGUUGUAUUUUAAGUCUGAAAAACCGAACGUACAAGACCUGAAUGGCAAAUCGUGGACCCCCGAACAAGCAUCAAUGUUUUUUGAUACCAUUGCUCAAGAUCAGACUAACUUUUCUACGCUCUCUCCGUCAGUUUUGCAAGGUUUUACUUGUGGAACUUACAGCAAACUCAGCAGCGCACAAUUCAAGGACUUGGCAAAGGCUAUAAAAACACAGAAUGCGAAUCUGGGAGACAUUCAGAUGAACUGUUUGGCCAAGCGAUUGGUAAAUAUUUCGGGUAUCCCAGAUGACGUGAACAAUUAUCCAACAGAGAUGCUAAUGUUUAUAAGUGUGACAAAUUACUCUGCAUUUGGUGGUUGUAAUGGUUUUUAUUCCAAAAUUGCUACUGGUAAUGUCAACAUUCUUGCAAAAGGAUCUAAAUUGCGCACAAAUUUACUCAACAACGCCUUAUCCUGCAUGAAUGUUUCAGGAACGUCUCUAACAAGUGAAAAUGUGCAAGUCUUGGGACCAUUGGUUUGUGACCUAAAUUCACCCUACAUAUUGAAUAACCCAAACACUGUAUUGCCUAAAUUAUCAAUCUGUUCCUCCUUCACCGCUGACCAAGAGAGUGCAAUUCAAAAAUCGCUCAGCCAGAACACUGCAUUUGGGCUUCCAUCUUCAUGGACUCAAUCAACAUUGAAAUCUCUCGGGAAAAUGACUGGCAUUUUUAACAAGGAUAUUGUGGGAAAUAUUUCUAUUGAUGCAUUAAAGUCUUGGAUGAAAAGUGCUAUACAGAACUCAGAGCUGACGCGGGGCCAGUUUGCUGCUAUUGUGAAAAAUCGAACUCCAACUAUAUCAAAGCGUGCAGUUGGUUGCUCUGAACAACAAAUUACAGCUGACAACAUUAUGGAUGAAACCCUGCCCCUGACUUACGCAAGUACUACGCAGUUAGAUGUCUGUUUAGAUAACGCAACUCUACAGAAUUAUCUGGGGGUUCUUGGGAAUAAAACCUUUACUGAUGCUCAGCUCUUAAUCCUCAAGUCCAGGCUUGACCAGCUUUAUCCAGAUGGUUACCCAGACAGUGUGAUCUCCAGUCUUGGAGCUAUUGCCACAGUUUGCACUGAAACAGAUGUUAAGAAAUGGAAUCUAACCUCGGUGGAUACAUUGAACAGUUUGCUACAAGCUCAGCUUCCAGAUAACCUGGCCAAAGCAGUUAUUGUAAAACACAUUGAACAAGCUGGUCCUCUUACAUCUAUAACGGUGAAUGCCCUAGGCGGCAAAUAUGUAUGUCAGCUGAACACCACACAGGUUAACCUCAUAAGCGCAGACGUCCUCAGUUCAUCUCAAGCCCUGAUCAUCUCCUCCUGUAAUCAAACCUUGAAGAAUGCUUUAUACCUUAUAGCAAAUUCAUCCUUCCAGAGCUACGCCAGUGACGCAAAACCCUACUACACUCUCAAACAACCAUACCUUGGUGGGGCUCUAGCUAGCGAUCUGAAGUCGCUUUCACCUAAUAAUAUUAACAUGGAUAUUGGAACAUUUCUCAAUUUGAACUCAGAAUCUAUCAUGAAUUUAUCCGUCAGUGAUUUAAAGGGUUUACUUGGAAUUAAUGUGGCAGAUCUGAAAGACAACGAGAACACCACAGUUGUAAGCUCAUGGGCGAGGGCCCAAACACAAUCGGACCUGAACACACUGGGUGUAGGUCUCACUGGAGGUCGGGCUGAUACUACAACUUCUACAACAAAAAGUACAAUAAGUACACGCACAUUGCCUUCUGGAAUUAACAAUGUUCCUUUAGUGACAAGUUCUGCAUCAGUUGUUUCCUGCUGUUCUUUCAUCUGUGUCCUCAUGAUGAUGCUAGUUGUCUGAGCUCAAAACCUUCAACGCAAUUGAUUGAAUUUGGAUUCAAGACCCUGCAAAAGUCCAAUAUUUUUCGUUGGUUUAUGUUUUAGAAAUUGGGGUAUCUAACCUAUAAACUCUAUUUACAACCACAAGAGAACUUAAGAUGUUUUUAUUUGGUCUACAAAACAUGUUUGAGUACAUUGGUCGUAUGAUUGUAGGUUGUAUUUCAUUUAGGGAAAAAUAGUCAUCUGUUCUCAUUUGUGCCAAUUGUAAAACUUCUGAUUUUUUUUACUAGUUAUUUCUUUUAUUUUUGGAAAAAAACAAACAAUACAAAACUAGAAAUAGAAUUCCUCAAAUUGGUUUAUGAUAAAGAAAAAUGCGUUGUUACAUAUGUGGGCAAUAGCGUGACCAUAAGUGAAGUGGGGUUGUUAAUAUCUAUAGUUUGUGUUUAUUUCUCAAUUUAAUGUUUUAUAUGAAAUUUACUAAAAGUCAAGCCUUGGAUAUUAGUGUCUCCCAUUUGCCUCGGUGCCCAGAUUCACAGUUUUACUCACUGAGGCUACUGAACGGAGAGUCCCCCAUUAAAGGGCCACUGUAAGUAAAUAUUUUCUAUGCCUGUUACUAACUAACUACCCCAAAUACGCUUUUUAUCAAUAACAUUUCAUUAACAUAUCUCUACCGUAUAUCAGAAAUCUUGUCUACAAAUUUAAUUGUUUUCCAAACCCACUCCGUGGGUAUCCUUUGCUCUGUACCAAUCCGUUUACAAUACCUAGGUUUCAAAAUGGCGCUUUAAACACAAAGUUAUUGGUUUAAGUAUUUUGAACACUCAGUGCUGAAAAUAGUGGGCAGGAUAACGUGACAUCAUCGGCGAAUAAAAGAUAUAACUUUUAGAACGUUAUGAAACUUUGUUUUGGAGAAAAUAUAGGUCAGUAGGUUUUAAUUAAUGUUUAUUAACUUUAAUAUGUUAGUUGUUUAGCUUAAAAAUUAUAACAGAAAGUAAUCCUUUAACUCAGAAUAUGAAUUUCUCAAACUGGAUUACAGUCCAACAAAAAAGAUCAUCAGAUUAGUUAAAAAAAAAAAAAAAGAUGGAUCUUGCUUGAUGUGUUAUGGGAUCACUGUGUAAUUGUAAUUAAUGUUCUUAUUUUAAUUAAUGAUACUGCCAAUACAAAUAUGUCCCAAAAUACUGCACCCACAAAACCUGAAGUACCAGCGAUCUUUUAUAUUAUGUCUAUGAAUUAUCUGUUAUUUAAUGACCUGUAAUUACAGUAUUUAUAAUCAAUUGAAGGUUGACAUUUUUAAAUUUAUAGACCUGCCCAGUACUUACCAUCUUAAAAAAUGUAUCUACAGAUAUUGUAGAUAAAGCCUAUAUUCUGCUUUAUUCCUCUGUCCUUGAAGUAUAGAAACAAGAAAGUAAUCAUAUUUCUUAAUUACUGUUGAAUAACACAGGUUAUAUAUAGACUGUGUAAUUUAAGAUGAAUAUGCAAUUUAGUUGCUUUUUGCUAUAGACACUUAUUAGUAGAAGAUGAUGCCGGAAAUCCUCUUUCAAGACUAAUCACCAAAAUGCAUAUAUGUAUGCUAUGGUUAAUGAAUGUGUCAUGUGAUCAGGCCUUGCACAUGCAUCAUUUGCUUUUGGCCAAUGACAAGAGGGCAGCAGUCCUGUUUUGGGAGGCCAAGUUUAUUUUUGUUUAUUAAAUAGAAUGUUUUCAUACACAUUAUAUUUGUACCGAGUAUAUUCAAAUGUAUAAUAAAAUUAAGGUAAAAUCUAAA